ACGAUAGAGUACAGUAAGUAGAAAGAUUGUGGGAUAGACGAGGUCAAGCAAGCCACCUUGGUCGCUCGCCUGCCUUCCUUAUCAAACCGAAACCUAUCCGCUGCAGUACAAGGCUAUCUUUGAAUCGCCGGCAGCUCAGAAAGAUUUUGAGAGAAAGUACAUAUCGCGCAGGAGGAUCAUAUCAAGCGAAGUAGCAGCCGUGAGAGAAGCACGAGAUACGGAGACAUGGCUGCGACAACCUGUACACGAUUCACGGACGAUUUUCAGCUAUACGAAGAGCUGGGAAAGGGAGCAUUUUCAGUGGUGCGCAGAUGUGUCAAGCUGUGUACUGGACAGGAAUAUGCCGCCAAAAUAAUCAACACCAAAAAGCUAUCUGCAAGAGACCACCAGAAGCUAGAGAGAGAGGCCCGUAUCUGUCGCCUGCUCAAGCACUCCAACAUCGUCCGUCUCCAUGACAGUAUAUCAGAGGAAGGAUUCCACUACCUCCUGUUUGACUUGGUGACUGGAGGGGAGUUGUUUGAGGACAUCGUAGCCAGAGAGUACUACAGUGAGGCUGACGCCAGUCACUGCAUCCAGCAGAUCGUGGAGGCGGUGCUACACUGCCAUCAAAUGGGCGUGGUGCAUCGAGAUCUAAAGCCAGAGAAUCUGCUCCUAGCCAGCAAAUGCAAGAAUGCUGCUGUCAAGUUGGCCGACUUUGGCCUGGCCAUCGAGGUACAAGGAGAUCAGCAAGCCUGGUUUGGAUUUGCUGGCACACCGGGAUACCUGUCCCCUGAGGUACUGAGAAAAGAGGCAUAUGGCAAACCUGUGGACAUCUGGGCCUGCGGGGUGAUUCUGUAUAUCCUGCUAGUGGGCUACCCUCCCUUCUGGGAUGAGGACCAGCACAAACUGUACCAACAGAUCAAAGCUGGGGCAUAUGAUUUUCCCUCUCCAGAGUGGGACACAGUCACUCCAGAGGCUAAGAACCUGAUUAACCAGAUGUUGACCAUCAACCCUGCCAAGAGGAUCACCGCCCAGGAGGCCCUCAAACACCCAUGGGUCUGCCAACGUUCUACAGUGGCGUCCAUGAUGCACAGACAGGAGACAGUGGAGUGCCUGAAGAAAUUCAAUGCCAGGAGGAAACUCAAGGGGGCCGUUCUCACUGCUAUGCUGGUUUCACGGAACUUCUCUGUGGGCGCUCGUUCCACCACCGCUCCAAUCAGUGUCAGUGCCGCGGCAGCAGCGGCAUCCGCAGCAGCGGGCACCACCGGUGGGCUGGUGGAACAAGCAGCCAAGAGUUUGCUCAACAAGAAGGCAGAUGUCAAGAAACGCAAGUCCAGCUCCACUGUCCAGUACAUGCCCCAGACACCACAGACAAACACCACCAAAAACAGCAUAGUCACCAGCCCCAAAGGAAACGUCCCUACUCCUGUUCUGGAGCCUCAGACCACUGUUAUCCAUAAUCCAAUGGAUGGGACUAAGGAAUCAACUGACAGCAGCACCACUGUGGAGGAUGAGGAGGUGAAAGCACGUAAACAAGAGAUCAUUAAGAUCACUGAACAGCUGAUCGAGGCUGUCAACAAUGGAGACUUUGAGGCAUACUCUAAGAUCUGUGAUCCUGGUCUGACCUCCUUUGAGCCUGAGGCCCUGGGCAACCUGGUAGAGGGAAUGGACUUCCACAGAUUCUACUUUGACAACCUCCUGUCUAAGAACAGUAAACCUAUCCACACCACCAUCCUCAACCCCCACGUCCACCUCAUUGGAGAGGAUGCCGCCUGUAUCGCCUACAUCCGCCUCACCCAAUUUGUUGACGUCCAGGGCCAUCCGCGCUCCAGCCAAUCAGAGGAGACUAGGGUGUGGCACCGCCGGGACUCCAAGUGGCAGAACGUCCACUUCCACUGCUCGGGCGCUCCCGCUGCGCCACUCCAGUGAGGAGGAGAAUGACAAAGCCAUGUCUGACAAGAGUGCUCUGUUGGAGAGAGAGAGAGAGAGAGAGACGAAGGGAGGGAGGGAGGGAGGGAGAGAGAGGGAGAACAGGUCCAGUGUUGGGUGGCUCUAAGUCUGCAGCAUCAGACCUCUCGCACACUGGAUACCCAGCAUGCAUCUCUUCUUUACGACUACCGCCCCCUGUCUGUCGCCGUCCGCCACUGCACCCACUGACAACGCCAUCUCAACAACCAACCAUCCAACAACAAUCUAUCAAUACUCUUGCAAACAACAACAACAACCAAUACAACAGCAACCCUCUUCCCCCCUCAACUCCAACCCACUGUCAACUCACUGUCAACCCACUGUCAACUCACUGUCGGCCCUCCCCCAAAACCAACCCCUCCAACUCUCCCCUCGCCACACUCAUGCCCAGUAUUGGGAGUGUAUUGAGGGUGUGUGUG